CCAAAAUUAGGGCACCAAUAAACUGACUCCCUUUUUCCUUCUUCCUCAAAAAGUCCAAUUCCAGUUGACUGACAAAACAAAGAUGGGUGGCGGAGGAGAUCAUGGUCACGGCGGAGGUGAUUUCAGGACCAAAGUAUGGACCAUGAGUGGUGGUCCCAACUGCCGGCCGGUCCACUGGAAGCGCAACACAGCCCUCGCCAUGUUUGGCAUCUUUCUUGUUUGUAUCCCCAUCGCCGUGAAAUCCGCUCAACUUGAGCAACGACCUCAUAUGCCUGUUCACCCAGUUCCAUCACAGAUAUGGUGCAAAAAUUUCGGGAAGAAAGAGUAUUAAGUGACAUUAGUUUAUGGUGCAAAAAUGUCAGGCAUAAUAUGAUUGCCUUCUCUUGAACAUCGUCAGAGUUAUGCUUUUUAUCUUUUGUUGUUGCAGAUAAAUAUGCUACUACUACUGGUUUGUGCAUUAUGUUCAUUUCAAUAAGAAAGACUUGUGCUUCCUCCA